AGUUUUCUGCAGGAGGCUUAAUUUUCGCAUUAGUGAUGGCAGCGUUAGAGACAGUGCCUAAAGAUUUACGGCAUUUACGGGCUUGUCUCUUGUGUUCGUUGGUUAAAACUAUCGAUCAAUUUGAGUAUGAUGGUUGCGAUAACUGUGAUUCCUACCUGCAAAUGAAGGGGAAUCGAGAGAUGGUGUAUGACUGCACCAGUUCUUCUUUUGAUGGGAUUAUUGCAAUGAUGAGUCCUGAAGACAGUUGGGUCUCCAAAUGGCAGCGGAUAAGUAACUUCAAGCCAGGGAUAUAUGCAGUAUCGGUGACAGGACGGUUACCUCAGGGUAUUGUACGGGAACUGAAGAGUCGAGGUGUGAUCUACAAAUCAAGAGACACUGCUAUCAAAUCCUAAUGGAUCCGUUUUGCCAAUAAAAUUAUUACUAAUGAUUCUUUCCAACUAGGUUUCAUGUUUACCUACUUGUAACUAGAAGUUUCUGUCAUGUUCUUACAGCCGAUGUAUUGCAAUAUGUUUAUGUAUCAGUGAACUGCUUUUGCAUUCGCCAAGAAAAAUUGAUUACGACAGUUGGUAAUUUUUAAUCAAAUUUGACUGUCUAGUGCUGAUUGCAGUGAAGUUCUAAUAUGUACAAAGGAAGCAUCAACAGUGCUUGGGUAUCUAAAAUCCCAAAACUACUUUUGAAGAAGAAUUGGGAGAAGAGAAAAGUUGAAAAUGGAUUUCAUUAGUAUUUAUUGAAGAAUUGAGAAAUGGUAGAACUGGCAAGAUGCUCUUUAAAUUUCAAAGGUUUGUAGUCUUACUUUCAUGUUACAUGUGCAGCAAUGCAUUUGAGAGUAUUACAAUGAGGAGGAAAAUUGACUAAUUAAACAACCUUAAAUAUUCAAUUUGAGUCUCAGCAAUAAUUCACUUGGUAGCCCCCUCACCUGUAAUGGCUUGAGCACAAAAUCAAGGCUGACACUAGUGAAAUACUGCCGGAGUGAGAUAUUAAACAUGUCUUCAUGCUUGAGUGGUUGUGAAAAAUCCCGUGGCAUUACUUUUGAAUUGUGGAGGAGUUAUUCCUGUUGUCAAGAUGAAUGUUUAUCUGUAAAUUAAAACCAAAAACAGUUUAUUUGGUCAUUACCAUAUUGCUGUAUACGAGAAUUUGCUAUAGACAAAUUGGCUACUGGAUUCCUAGAUUACAGCAAUGUCUACAUGUGAGGAGCACUUUUGGGCUAUGGUUGUGAAGAUGGCUGUGUAAAAUGCAAGUCUUUUCUUCUCUUUAAGUAGCACAUUUUAAAGUGGUGUAACCUUUUCAGUUCCCUUCAGAGCACUGUUUGAGCAAAAAAAUUAACAAAGCUGCAUAGAUAUUUUGAUUAGAAAGAUAUAUAUUUUUUAAAGCCUCUUUAAGAGAGGCCUGAGGCUGAGUUUUCAAGAAAAUUUCAGAUUUAGAGCCUGGGCAACUAAAGGCAUGGCUGUCAGUGGCAGAACGUUUAAGUUGUGGGGUCCUGGAGACUAGAAAUGGAUGAGUGCGGUUUGUAGGUUGGAGGUUGUAGGAUUGGAAAACAUUACAGCAUAAGGAGAAAUUGAAUGAAGUUUUCUUAAACAAGUAGUUUGUCGGUAGGUGUUGGGUUGAGUGAAUGAAAUCAAAUGAGGACAUGGGUAACAGAAUUUUGGGUCUCCUAAUGUUUUGUUUCACAGCACAUCAGCACAAAAGUUUGCAUCAUAUCAAUUCAUAUUGUUCUCAUUUGCACAGUGUAUAUUUACUUGCCUUGUCUUUGUUUGCUGAUUAACUUUUUAAGAUCAGCAGGGUCUUGUGAUAUCAUAACUAAAGUGUUUAUUUUAAUCUGUAUCUGUAUACUUGAAUUUUACAUUAGAAUCAGGUCAGAGCACAUGCUGACAACUUGUGUUUGACAAAGAGACUUCAAGGUUUAAUGUGGUGCCUGUAUUUUCAGUACUGGAUGCAUCUUUUGGAAUCCACAAUGAUACCUGUGUUUUGCUGCUGCUUCAGUUUGCAUAGGUCAUUAGUGUAAAUAUUGGAUUAUAUGCUACAAGUAUGCAGAACUCCAGAUUGUGAUGUCAGACUGUUUGCUUUUACUUCACUGUUACACACUCAGGUCUGGAAAUACUCAUUAGGUUUGCCAGCAUUUCUCUCGAGAGAAACAGCAUUAAUUUCAGUUCUGUCCUUUCAUCAGAACUGGGCAAAAUUCACAAAUGUAAUUGAAAAGGAUGGUCAAACAACAAAGAACAACUCUAAUUGCAUGGAAAGCAAGAGAAAGUGAAUGGCUAUAUGGUCCAAGGUCAGUGGAGUGGAAUAGAACAUGAAGAAAUUCACCUUGGGGAGGUGUGAAUGACAGGAUCUUGAACAGCUGCCAUCCUAAAGAAAAGGAGCAAAAAUAACUGGCAAAAGAAAAGGAAGCCAAACAUGGGCACAGGUUAUAGCCUCUAAAAUUGUUGAACCCCAGAUCAAGUGCAGUAGGUUCCAAAGUAACCUUCUGAACAUGAGUUUAGAAAUGUGCUUCAAUUUACCCUCUUGAAUUCACAAUUUGAGAUGUAGCAGUUAAAGGAUGCAAAGGCUCCCUUUUAAAAUAUUUUGCAGCCAAUGGAGUCCACCUGAAAUAUGGCCACUGUUUGAAAAUUGGAAAUUUACACAGCAAAGACCAACAAACAAUAUUGGGAUAAACAUUAAACGUAUCUUCUGAUCAUUUAAGCAAUGAAUAUUGACUAUAAUGCCAAGAAAAGUUAGAAAUUGUUCUUCCAGUGUUGUGAUUUUUCAUAUUUGCAAGAACAAAAGUUUUGACUUGAUAUCACUUCUGAAAGAAGGCAGCUCCUAUACAAACAAUUUGAUUAUUACUUCAGAAUUUCAGGUGAGAUUAUGCAUUUUACUGGAGUACAGUUUUACUUGUAACCUUCCUUCUCAGGAGAGUGCUACUUUUCCUGUCCUUUCUAAUCUGCAUAGAAAACGAGGUUAGAUGACUUAGUGGUGUCUUCAUAGGAUUAUAAUAAUUAUUGCUCAAAUUAGAAAAGCUCAGCUCUUACUCGAGCAAAAUCACACCAAUUGUACUAUCUCUGAUUAGCCACUGUGGGGUAGUAGUGGUGCUGACAAUCGCACAGCUGAGAUUGUCUUCCAAGAACUAUAAGCAUCUUCCUUUGAGUUGUGUAUGACUGCAGCCAGCAGAGAUGUUUUUCCUAAUUCUAACUAAUUUCAGUUUUACUAAAUGCAGCAGAAAGGAGGCCAUGUCACAUGCUGCCUUAAUGUCAAAGGAAGUCUGUCUCACCUCUCAUCUUUUGACUAUGUUUUGACCAAGACUGAGGCCUGGAUCCGAGUGACCAUAAACAUCAGUGAGCAGGCUGUGGCUGAGUAAGUGCCACCAUCAACAGUACUUGCUAUCAGUUUGAGAGUAGACCAUUGGGGUUGUGAUUGGCUGAUGGCAUUUGCUUUAUUUUUGUGGAAAUGACAUACUUGGGCAAUUUUCCUCAUUGUUAGUAAAAGCUAAUUUUGUAGCUGCAUAUAAUGUGUAGAUGACUGGCAAUGUUUGGAGCAGUUGUCUUUGGUAUUCAGCUGAAUAUUCUGUGCCAUUAGUCUUUGCUGUACAUAAUGCCUUCAAUGAUUUAUAAACCCAUAACGAUUUCUUGAA